AUUUAAUUGGCAUCAAACAAGUGUGGACCUCACUCCCACACUUAUUUGCUAAGUAAGACAAGGAGGAAGGUCUCCUCACUCCCACCCCUAUCACUCAGCUCGACCCAGCCCCCAAAGAGAGAGAGGAAGAGCUCUGAAAAUCCUCCAUCUCCAUAGCCAAGAAAGCUCAAACAAGCAAGGAGCUCAAGGGAGAAGAUUAUAGGAGGAGAGAGCUAGGAAGAAGUGUGAAAAUUAAGGUAAUAACCUUAUCAUAACUUUUCCUUUAUUUUUCUUCUACCAUAUGAGUUAUAUAUCAUAUGAAUAACCCCUAGGAUGGUUCUACAUGCCCAAAGUGUAGAACAAUGGGUUGAAAGAUGGUUAUAAGUCCAAGAACGGACUUAGAAGCCAAAGAGACCGGCUCACCGGAAAAUAACCUUUUAGAGGUUAUUUGUAUUGAUUUGGGUUUUGUGAUGAUAAAACCUUGUUAGGCACUUGUAAAGGGUGAUUUAAGAACUUUCACGAAGUUGAAAGAGUCGCCGGAGUUGUCACCGGAGUUCAUCAAAGUUCGCCGGAGUUCCAUCGGAGUUCAACCGGGAAGGGUAGAACUUCACAACGCUCAUUCGAGGUUGAAGCUAAGGCUAGCUAUCCAUACUUUGCUUGGUGAAGUAUUCCAAAGGAAGACGUGAAAUGGAGGGUAGACGCAUGCAGACCAGAAACAAUCCGGGAGGGCAAGCACCGAUAGCUUCUAUUGAAGCUAGCCGGGCUGCAUCUCGAAGCUCCAGAGGUGGAAGAGGAGGCCGUCGAGGCCGUGGAGGUCGUGGGGGCCAUCGAGCCCAAACAGUGAGUGACGGCCAUGUGAGUUCGGUGUACGAGACUAACACCGAGGACUACGACUCUACUUAUGUUCCCGAAACGGAGCAUGAGGAGACCCCAUAUGAUGGGGGCGAUUUCCACACCGAUGAUGAAAAUGAUGAUGAGAGUGAUGCCCGGUUUGCCCAAAUGGGGGAACUUCUAGCGUGGUAUCAAAAGGAGAAACAGAGGAGAGACAUGAGACGCCAAGCGAGGUAUGCUUCUCAAGGUGUUUCGGCCCAAGGAAGCCGGGGAUCUUCAAGGGCCACACCGGUGGUGCCACAAGGUGGGCAUGAAGGAGGUUUUGUGGUGAGAAUCUCCAAAUACCUCAAGGAGGCUAGGGCCUUGGGGUGUAGGUCCUUUGACGGCACCGGCGACAUUACCGUUGCCACCGAUUGGAUCAAGAAGGUGAAGGAUGCAUCGAGAGACAUGCAAAUUUCACCGGACGUGAAGCUAACCGUCGCUUCACGGUUGCUUGAAGGGAUGGCUUCUACAUGGUGGGAAGGUGUGGAAGGGAAAUACCGCGGGGACAUCUCAUGGGAGAAUUUUGAGCGGGAAUUUUAUGCCCAAUACUACUCCGAUUUCGAGGUUAAUGUGAAAAGGAGGGAGUAUACCAACCUCAAGCAGAAGGAGGGUUGCACCGUUAAACAACUAGAGCAAGAGUUUAGAACCUUGGCUAGGUUCUUACCGGAGUAUGCGAUUGAUGAGGACCGCAUGACUGAGCACUUCUGGGAUGCUUUACUCUUAGACAUCCGAGAUCGUGCUACGUACUCACGCCUCAUGACUUUUAGUGAGGUGGUAGAACAAGGCAUGCUGGGGGAGGCCCAGUGGAAUGAAAGGAAAGCAAGAGAUGCCGAAGAGGCAAAGAAGAGGAAGUGGAAUAGUUCGGGGCCGCCCGAUCAUUCCCGAAGGAACAACCACGGUGGUGGUGGUGGUGGCUCAUUCAAGGCACCGGCUCCACCGGCAAAGAAGAAUAGGGACGCGAGGUGGCACGUAGGGCUGAGCAAAACCCGAUCCGACCCAAAAACCCGAUAUUUUUUUCGGAUAUUAUCCGAACCGAAGUGGAUAUCCGACCCGAAAAACCCGAAACCGAAAAUCCGAUUAGUAUUGGGCCUAGACCGGGUGGCGGGUAGGGUUUGUGAAAUCCCAACCCGACCCGCCCGAAUAUCCGAAAUAUAUGUUAGUGUGUACUUUGAAUAUUUAAAUUAAUACUUGUGUUCAAUUAUUUGUGUUAUUAUUUGUGCAAUUUGUAUUAAAUUAUUUGUGUAAAUUGAAUGUGUAGUGAACUAGUGUGUACAAUUUUUGUUAAAGUGGCAUUCCAACACUUUAACUAUCCAAUUAUAAUGUGUUUUGAUAUAACCAAAAUAUCCGAAAUAUAUUAAAUUAUGUAGUGUGUACUUUGAAUAUGUUAAAUUAAUACUUGUGUUCAAUUAUUUGUGUAAUUAUUUGUGCAAUUUGUGUUAAAUUAUUUGUGUAAUUUGGAAGUUUAGUGCACUAGUGUGUACAAUUUUUUUCAAAGUGGCAUUUAAACACUUUAAUUAUCCAAUUAUAAUUUUUUAAUAUAACCGAAAUAUCCGAAACCCGACCCGAUAUCCGAAAAUAUCCGACUUAAAAAAUAUCCGAAAUACCCGAUUUGAAAUAUCAAAGGGUCGGGCCUAGUAUUUAAAUUAAAAAACCCGAACGGGUUUAGGGUUCGCAAACCCGACCCGCCCGAACCCGACCCGUGCACACCCCUAGUGGCACGGACCUAGGCCACAAAACCCGGGGGCACCUAGAUGUCCCAAUUGCUCAAAACAGCACUUUGGGAAGUGCAAUGAACCACCGAGAUGUUUUAAAUGCGGGAAUGCGGGCCAUAUGAAGGCCAAUUGCCCUCAAUUGAUGCAAGAGAGCGCAUCGGGAGCCGGGGGAGGGGCCAUGACGGGAAGGAACCGUGCGGGACCGUCGCACGGUGGCACGGGAAGAGGCGGCGCGUCAACAAGCAAUGCCGCGUCCGUUAACCAAGGCGGGGCCCAAGCGAGGGUCUACGCGAUGACCGAGGCCGAUGCCUGGGCUAACCCCGACUCUGUUGCAGGUAAUUCCUUGUUCAUACUUGUAAUGUUCAUAUACAUGUGUGUUUUAAGCUUUAGGGAGCAAUUACGAGUUAACCGACGGCAUUUCCGGCUCGUUUUCGGGCGAAAAACGAAGUUGGACUGCCCAGGGAUGAACCGGCGCCGGUCUGGGCUUGACCCGGCGCCGGUCUGGUGUAAAAUGAUGAACCGCGGGCUGACAGUAGCUUACCCGGCGCCGGCCAGGGGGGCAACCCGGCGCCGGUCCGGAAAAAUUUCCCGGAGGGUGCUAUCCAGUAGCUUACCCGGCGCCGGCCAGGGGGGCAACCCGGCGCCGGUCCGGGGAAAAUUUUCUGAUAUUUCGCUCCAGGGGUGAACCGGCGCCGGUCUGGGCCAUACCCGGCGCCGGCCCAGUUCACUUUUGCCACUUUUCGAUUCCAGUACCUUACCCGGCGCCGGCCAGGCCUAUACCCGGCGCCGGUCCAGUGUAUUGUCGUCCAAAAAAUUUUCGUUUAGCCCUAUUUUCGACCCGGUACGUGUGUAGUGUGUCUUACAUGACUUAUAUAUGUAGGAACCUUAAAGAUCAAUGGUAGAAACGCAAGAAUUCUCAUUGAUACCGGGGCACAACGUUCAUUCGUGAGUGAAACGUUUGCCGAAAGUUUAGGCGUACCGUUGAUAGCAAUGACCCAACCCUUGUUGGUCUCUACACCGUUGGGAGACGAUGUGGAGAGGAAACACUAUUAUCCAUCGUGUGAGGUAGAAGUAACGGGUCAACCCUUGACUUGUGACUUUGUACCUCUAAGUAUGUUGGAAUUCGAUGCAAUCCUGGGGAUGGAUUGGCUCGAGAAGUAUCAUGCUCGGGUAGAUUGCUACGCCAAGGUGUUAGAGCUCGAAGACGCUGAUGGAAACGCUCUACGUUUCGAGGGAGAUCGGGGAGGAUCUCAUAGCUGUAUCAUAUCCGUGAUGAGGGCACGAAAGAUGAUGAAGAAGGGAUGCCACGCAUACCUUGCUUACGUGGUUGACGAAACAAAGAAGGAGGCUGACAUCAACGAUGUACGCGUCGUGUGCAAGUAUCCGGACAUCUUUCCCAAAGACUUACCGGGACUUCCACCCGAUAGAGAGAUCGAGUUUGUGAUCGAAGUAGAGCCGGGAACAAAACCCAUUUCGAUUCCUCCUUAUCGAAUGGCACCGGCAGAGCUUCAAGAAUUGAAGGUCCAAUUGCAAGAGCUAUUGGACAACGGCUUCAUUAGACCUAGUCAUUCACCGUGGGGAGCACCGGUACUCUUCGUGAAGAAGAAGGAUGGUACAUUGAGAAUGUGCAUAGACUACCGACAGUUGAACAAGGUCACAAUCAAGAAUAGGUAUCCUUUACCGAGGAUUGAUGACUUGUUCGAUCAACUUCGGGGGGCUAUGGUGUUCUCAAAGAUUGAUUUGAGGUCGGGUUAUCACCAGUUGAAGAUCAAGGAGAGUGACAUACCCAAGAGUGCAUUCCGCACUAGAUAUGGUCACUAUGAGUUUCUUGUGAUGUCAUUUGGGUUAACCAAUGCACCGGCAGCAUUCAUGGACUUGAUGAACCGAGUGUUUAGUGAAUACUUAGAUCAAUUUGUGAUAGUAUUCAUUGAUGACAUCUUGAUAUACUCCCAGAACGAGGAGGAGCAUGAAUACCACUUGAGACUUGUACUUGAACGACUUAGAGAAAAACAACUCUUUGCCAAGUUCUCCAAAUGUGAAUUUUGGCUUAAAGAGAUUGGCUUUCUCGGGCAUGUCAUAUCCGGUUCGGGCGUUGCUGUGGAUAACGCCAAGAUAAAAGCCAUCAUUGAUUGGGAGAGACCCAAAAAUGUGAAAGAAAUACGUAGUUUCCUUGGCCUAGCGGGAUACUAUCGUAAGUUCGUAGAGAAAUUUUCCGUGUUGGCAUCUCCAUUGACGAAGCUCACAAAGAAGGGGGCUAAGUUUAUAUGGGAUGACAAAUGUGAGAGAGGGUUUCUUGAACUGAAGAAACGACUCACCGAGGCACCAGUUCUUACUCUACCCAAGCAGGGGAUAGGGUACGAUAUCUAUAGCGAUGCUAGCAUCCAAGGACUUGGGUGUGUGUUGAUGCAAAGGGGUAAGGUGAUUGCCUACGCUUCAAGGCAAUUGAGGAAACAUGAAGUGAACUACCCUACUCACGAUCUAGAGUUGGGGGCGGUGGUGUUUGCACUGAAAAUUUGGAGGCAUUAUCUCUAUGGGGAGACAUGUCACAUUUAUACCGAUCACAAGAGCUUAAAAUAUGUAUUCACUAAGAAAGAGUUGAAUAUGAGACAGAGGAGAUGGAUGGAGUUGAUCAAGGACUACGACUUGAUCAUCGAGUACCAUCCCGGAAAGGCCAAUGUAGUGGCCGAUGCACUGAGCAGGAAGAGUACGUCAGGGACGUUACUCACAUGUCUACAGGCAUUGAGGGCACGCGUAGAGGUGUCCGCGUGUGGGACCCUCAUUGCUAGAUUCGAGGUUAGGCCUACGUUGCUGAGUGAGAUCAGUAGAUGUCAGGCCGCUGAUGAGGAAUGUCAGAGGAUCCGUGAACGGAUCCUUGAGGGACCCGUUGAGAACUUUCGUAUACGUGAUGAUGGUCUGUUGUUAUUUAAGGAUCGUGUUUGCAUACCAAAGGAUGAAGAGCUCCAAAGGUCCAUACUAGAGGAGGCUCAUUCUUCGGCCUAUGCCAUGCAUCCAGGGGGUACUAAGAUGUACCGGGACUUGAAAGAAAGUUAUUGGUGGUCAGGUAUGAAGAGGGACAUCGCAGAAUACGUGAGCCGAUGCCUUACUUGCCAACAAGUUAAGGCGGAGCAUCAGCACCCAGCGGGGCUUUUGCAGCCACUUACCAUUCCAGAAUGGAAGUGGGAACAUGUGACCAUGGACUUCGUGGUAGGGCUACCACGGACGGUGAACAACUAUGACGCGGUUUGGGUAGUGGUUGAUAGGCUCACCAAGAGCGCACACUUCUUACCUAUCAACAUUACUUAUCCUCUUGAAAGGUUGGCCAAGUUAUAUGUGGAGGAGGUUGUGAGAUUGCAUGGAGUCCCGAUAUCCAUUGUCUCGGAUAGGGAUCCACGAUUCACAUCCAGGUUUUGGCCAAAGUUUCAAGCAUCUUUGGGUACUAAACUGAAGUUUAGCACAGCCUUUCACCCACAGACAGAUGGACAAUCUGAGCGGGUGAUACAGAUUUUGGAAGACAUGCUUAGGGCAUGUGCCUUGGAGUUCCAAGGGAGUUGGGACAAACACCUAGCUUUAGUGGAGUUUGCCUAUAACAACAGUUAUCAGGCAAGUAUUGGCAUGCCUCCGUACGAGGCACUGUACGGGAGGAAGUGUAGGACACCAUUGUGUUGGGACGAGGUUGGUGAGGCCAAGCUCGAGGGAAUAGAACUUGUUGAGAUCACCAAGGCUAAGGUGAAAAUCAUUCGUGACAGACUUAAGGCUGCCCAAGAUCGGCAGAAGAGCUAUGCAGACAAACGGCGAAGGCCGUUAGAGUUUGAGGUCGGGGAUGAAGUUUUUCUAAGAAUUUCUCCUUGGAAAGGUAUCAUCCGAUUCGUAUCAAGGGGUAAGCUUAACCCCCGAUACAUUGGUCCGUUUGAAAUCCUGGAGAGGAUUGGGGCCGUAGCUUAUCGUCUCAAGUUAACACCGGAACUUGAGAAAAUUCAUGAUGUGUUUCAUGUAUCGAUGCUCAAGAAGUAUGUGCGGGACCCGUCACAUAUUCUUGAGAAGCCACCGGUGGAGAUCCGAGAGGACUUGCAAUACGCAGUAGAACCGGUAAAGAUAGUGGGCCAACAGGUAAAGCAGCUUAGGAACAAGGAGAUUCCUAUGGUAAAGGUGCUUUGGAGGAGUGAUCGAGUCGAAGAAGAAACCUGGGAGACCGAGGUCUCAAUGAGGGAGCAAUACCCGUUUCUUUUCGAUUAGACACGUGGAUUUCGGGGACGAAAUCCCAAAUAAGGGGGGGUGAACUUGUAACACCGUCCCCAAAUAUAUUUACCGUUAUGUAAAUUAUGUAUUGAAUAUGGUGUAUUGAGUAAUGAAUUUACGAGGUUGUAAAUUUUUGUUAUUUCUUUUGCGUGAAUAGUAAAUUCCACGUGGGGCCCACACUCGGAGCGGGGGUAACCCGAUAACGCGAGACCACAUGUUAUAUUCAUCUUGGUCUAGAUAAUAGUUACAUGGUGGUGGACAUUCAUAAUGGGCCAUGAUAAAGGCAUUGGGUUGACCGGUUUGGCAAAUAGGGCCCAAUUACCGGUAUUGGUAAUUCAACAUAUAACAGCCCGAAAUGAAUUUCGGGGGCUUAUAAAUUAAAGUUGGGGAAUGUAUAUUCAUUAUGAGGGUCAUAAUGAUUGAAAACACAUAUUAUAUUUUAUUUGACCAGAUAAAAUAAAAUAUAGUUAAACUAGUCCGAGAAAUACAACUUUCGGGGCCGAAUGUACACGUCGGGACAACAUGGGAUGACCUCCCACAUGAGUGGGGGCCACCCCACGUUUUUAUGGGCUAUUGAGACAAGGGAGGGCUGCUCAAUGUCAUAGGGAGGUGGCUGGAUGAUUUAAUUGGCAUCAAACAAGUGUGGACCUCACUCCCACACUUAUUUGCUAAGUAAGACAAGGAGGAAGGUCUCCUCACUCCCACCCCUAUCACUCAGCUCGACCCAGCCCCCAAAGAGAGAGAGGAAGAGCUCUGAAAAUCCUCCAUCUCCAUAGCCAAGAAAGCUCAAACAAGCAAGGAGCUCAAGGGAGAAGAUUAUAGGAGGAGAGAGCUAGGAAGAAGUGUGAAAAUUAAGGCACUUGUAAAGGGUGAUUUAAGAACUUUCACGAAGUUGAAAGAGUCGCCGGAGUUGUCACCGGAGUUCAUCAAAGUUCGCUGGAGUUCCAUCGGAGUUCAACCGGGAAGGGUAGAACUUCACAACGCUCAUUCGAGGUUGAAGCUAAGGCUAGCUAUCCAUACUUUGCUUGGUGAAGUAUUCCAAAGGAAGACGUGGUUCGUGCUUCCUUUACUGUUUUAAACUACAAACUUGCUCAUGGAUAUUUUGUAAUAAAUACAUUUGUUUUGGGCCUGCGUGCCUACGUUUUGGCCAAGUGUGGCCCACGAUUGAAUAUUGAAUAUUUCCGCUAUUCGUUCAACCCUAUUAUGUGAUGUUGUUAUGUAUGUUUACUUACUG